AUAGAACUAUGAGAAUACUAUUGAGCGACCUACGGAGUAAUAAGCAAGCGAAGAAGAGAACACAAUAAUCAAGCAAGAGACUCCGAAGUGGUUUCAACGUGUUCCCCACCGAUUGUCUGCAUGAUACCUGACGCGUGUUGCUAAGCGAUUUGUGGAUUGGGUGAAAAUUUUGACAUUUUCGAUUUCGCGUAAGUAGUCGCCGAGUGUUGAAUCUGCCGUCUCUAUCCGUCUCAAUUGUCUGCAGCUCUUUAAAGUCUCCUUACUGGAAUUUGCUGUUUGAGAUAAGGAGGAAUGGCUGCGCUGGGCAAUCAAGCGUUGAAUUUGUGUAAGGCUUCGGCACUAGACCCAGCCGAAGCAGUACACGCCAAAUCGAAGCCGUCCGCAGCAGUGGCGUUACCCAGAAAGGGUAAGUUUUUGGAAAAUUACAGCGGUUUAUCGAAAUCCAUCUUCGUGGCGCCAAUUAAGGCUAUGGAAGCUUCCGAAGCAGCCGCGAUGCACGCCAACGGUCUGCCAAAGCAUGCGCGGCCUCAAUCCCCCGGCGAUCUUCGGAAAACCGAUGGCGACGGGGAAAGCGUGAUCGAGGUGUCUACAGUUGGAAAUUCACCAAAUAUUGCUUGGCACAAGUGUUCCGUAGAGAAGGGCGACAGGGAAAAGCUGCUUAAUCAGAAAGGCUGUGUUGUUUGGAUAACUGGAUUGAGUGGAUCAGGGAAGAGCACUUUGGCAUGUGCUUUAACUUCCGCCUUACAUGCCAAAGGAAAGCUCACUUAUAUCCUUGAUGGGGAUAACUGCAGGCAUGGCCUGAACUGUGAUCUUACUUUCAAAGCUGAAGAUAGAGCGGAGAACAUUAGAAGAAUAGGAGAAGUAGGAAAGCUAUUUGCUGAUGCUGGCAUCAUCUGCAUUGCAAGUUUAAUAUCACCCUUCAGGAAGGAACGCGAAGCCUGCCGAAAUUUACUGCCUGAAGGGGAUUUUAUCGAGGUAUAUAUGGAUGUGCCUUUACAAGUUUGUGAGGCAAGGGACCCUAAGGGAUUAUACAAGCUUGCCCGGGAUGGAAAAAUCAAAGGCUUCACUGGAGUUGAUGAUCCUUACGAACCUCCGCUUAGUUGUGAGGUAGUCUUGCAACAAAGAGACGGAAAUUUCGAAUCUCCGAGUGUUAUGGCAGAAAAAGUCAUGUCUUACUUGGAACAGAAAGGUUACCUGGAGAGGUAAUUUGUGAAUCUGAUGGAGUUUGUAGUUGAUUCAUCGAUCAACUUACUCCCAACAAUCUGUAAGGUUAAUUGGGGCAAGUUGUACAUGCAUAUAUAUAUAUAUAUAUUUAUGAACCACAGUAUUGAUUAGUUACUAUAGUUUGGUUGUGUUAGAGUUAAACAGAGGCAUUGGAGUGUGAGUGUGUAUUUAAGGUUUUUUUUACCAUACAGUUGAAAAUAAUCUGCAGUGCUGUAGACAUGGCUGGUCUGUGUAUUGUUUGGCCUUUGGAUGAUUGGUAAAUAAAGCAUGCAGCUUUGUUUC